AUGGUUAAUAAUAACCUCUGGUGGCACGGACCCCAAUGGCUAACACUCGACCCAAUACACUGGCCAGUUACCAAAAAAUCAAGCGAUACAACACUGGAACUCCGGCCAAUCAAGACCUUCGUGAAUACAACACAAGAGGAUAUCCUGGAUAGAUUCUCGUCCUUACCCAAAGCCAUUCGAGUUGUAGCAUAUUUGUUACGAUUCUGUUCGAAUGCGUCACCCAAUAAAACACAACAGUCAUACACGACGUUGGAAAUAACUCCAGAGGAGUUCAACACUACCCGCACGAAGCUAAUUAUUUUAUCCCAAAAGAAGUAUUUCCAAGAAGAGUAUGAAGCCUUAACCCAGAAAACCAGCAUACCCAAAAAAAGUACAAUUUUGACACUAAACCCUUUAAUCGAUCCCAAAGGAAUAAUGCGAGUUAAUGGUCGGUUGAGCAAUUCAGCGGCAUUAUCAUACAACGAACGUUAUCCGAUUAUAUUACCCUAUAGCAGUCGAUUAGCCAAACUACUCACCCAAUUUACCCACCUAAUAACCCUUCAUGGCGGCAACCAGCUAGUCUUACGACUUAUGCGUUCGGAAUUCUGGAUACCGAAGCUGAAAACCCUCAUCAAGUCUACCAUUCAUCAGUGCAAAACUUGCGUUUUGCACAAAAAGCGUAACACUACUCAGAUUAUGGCAGCACUACCCGCAGAACGUACCACCUUAACCCGUCCAUUCGCAGCAACAGGAAUCGAUUUCGCCGGUCCCUAUGACAUAAAAAAUUACACCGGCAGAGCAUGUCUGAUCACAAAAGGUUAUGUAUGCGUAUUUGUUUGUUUUGCAACCAAAGCAAUACAUCUAGAGCCAGUAAGUGAUCUCACCACCAACGCAUUCAUGGCCGCAUUCGCACGUUUCUUUUCCAGGCGCGGAUGUCCCGCCGAUCUCUAUUCGGACAAUGGAACUAAUUUCGUUGGAGCGUCUAAACUUUUAAUUAAAGAUCGGCGAGAAUUCAUGAAGUCAUUGAAAACUCAAUUAACAGCUAGUGAAGCACACCAAAACAUCAACUGGCACUUUAAUCCUCCAGGAGCUCCACACAUGGGUGGACUCUGGGAAGCAGGAGUGAAAAGUUUAAAGAGCCACUUGAAAAAGGUGUCUCAGAACCAGAAAUUCACUUUCGAAGAACUAGCAACCUUUUUAACCCGAAUCGAAAGUUGCUUGAAUUCUCGCCCUUUAAGCCCAUUAAGUGAAGACCCAACAAAUUUAGAACGUUUAACUCCAGGUCAUUUCUUAAUAGUGACAUGGCCCCUCAAAGCAGUACGAAGUCCAUUUGCAGCCGCCAAAGCAGCCCCACAUUCACUGUGCGAUCCCUCAGCUCGACUCGUAGCAUCAGCCCACUCUCCGACGAAGGAACCCUGGCAAGACGCCUGCAUCGCUUUAAAGCGACCCUUUCCCCCAUUCGAGAGGAGCGUGGAAAUACGAAUCGCACGGCCCGACGUACCAUCAGCCGUUCCCCUAUUAGAGAAGAACGAGGAAGUACCCAUCGCACAGCCCGGCGUACUAUCAGCCGUUCAUCAAAGCGAACGCACAAACACGUCGCCUGUGGAUUGUGUAAAAACGACCAUCGACUGGAAACGUGUUCAAAAUUCACCAUAA